UUAAAAAGCGACCGAUUAGCUCAAUUUCGGACAGUCUACCCGCGAUCGCUGGACGAAUAACUCAAGGAAAUCAAAAUGAAGGUUUUGAUUGCCAUCUGUAUGUUCAUCGGCCUGGCCUCCGCUUCUGUUUGGGUAACCCGGAACGACAUGCCGAAGUUUAUGGAGGAGUGCGCCAAGGAGCUGGCUAUUCCCGAGGAUCUACUGGAGAAGUACCAGAUGUUUGAGUACUCCGAUGAUCCCAAGGCCAUGUGCUUCUACCAAUGCGUCGUGUACAGGCUCUUUUUGGGCAACCUUAUUAUCGACCACACCGAGGAGUUCCACACCGCCUUGGCCGCCUGUAUGAACAAGAUGAGCAGCGAUCCAAUACCUGCGAGUGAGCCCACCGCUUAACCACUUGUCUGCUGGAGGAGAACGCUGCCCAGAUCCAGAAGAGCCUGGUCCCCAAGGCUUGGAAGGUUUUCAUAACACAACUGUACUGAUAAGCAUAAAUUAAGUAUUAAAGUAAAUGAUUUUCUACAAAGUU